CUGGAUGUACGGCCCAAGCGAGGAUUUUUUUACGAAAACAUCCACCGCAGACUGCGUAACAGUGCCAAACGAGAAGGGUGCUACGACGAACGGGACCCGACGCUAUGGACCCAGCGGAAUGACAGCCGAGUCGAUGGCGUUUUUAAAAGUUGGAUAACGGUGUUUGGUCUUGAACGGAGACGGUAGAAGCGUAAAAGCAGAUUUAAUGGCACUGAGUGCGGUAUCACUUGUUAGAUAGAUAGAUAGACAGAGAGAGAGAGAGGAGAGAGUAAGAGAGGGAGAGAGGGAGAGAGAAGAAGAGGGGCCAAAGUGGACUCCCUCCCUCGGUAGAGCUCGUUCCGCCCGAUGGAGGCUGACGGGACCUUUGCAGUGAGCUCGAGGCCCGGAAUGUCACCUGCGAUACGUCGACACCUCGCUGGAAGACGUAAUUAGGGGGAAAGACCGCGCACACCUGUCCGCGCUUGCUUUCGACGACUCAUUUGACAACUUCUUAGUAAGCUUUGUACACAAAAACAAAAGUUAGCAGGUCAGCGUUAACUGCGGGAGGCGAGAUGACUAUCAUAGAUAUCACUUAACGAGAGGUUAUUCACCGCCUCAGGUAACCUCGGACAGGUGAACGACGCACCAUUACUCCUUCUUAAUGGACUUCACGUUUAUUUCUUCUGACCCAUUUGUUCUAGAAAGUUGUCCUAUUACUAUAUUCCGCCAUCAGCAAGUUGACUCCAACUCAUUUGGCUGCGAGAGUUGAGCAGUUUUGUUUAACAAACAAGGACCUCUUGGACUUUUUUUUUUUCUCAUUAAGUGUCGCCUUUUUUUUUUUCAUCAACCAUGUCAUUCAAAGACAAUCCUUGCCGGAAAUUUCAAGCUAACAUUUUCAACAAAAGUAAAUGCCAGAACUGCUUUAAGCCCAGAGAAUCACAUUUGCUGAACGACGAAGACUUAAAUCAGGCAAAACCUAUAUAUGGAGGAUGGUUGCUGCUGGCACCAGAGGGAACAAAUUUUGACAAUCCCUUACACAGAUCCCGGAAAUGGCAAAGGAGGUUCUUCAUCCUUUACGAGCAUGGCUUACUUCGCUAUGCUCUGGACGAAAUGCCCAGCACUCUACCCCAGGGUACAAUCAAUAUGAACCAGUGCUCGGAUGUCAUUGAUGGAGAGUCCAGGACAGGUCAGAAGAACUCGCUGUGCAUCCUGACCCCUGAGAAAGAGCACUUCAUACGGGCUGAGUGUAAAGAAAUUAUCAACGGGUGGCAGGAGGCUCUGACUGUAUAUCCCAGGACCAACAAGCAGAACCAGAAGAAAAAACGCAAGGUUGAUCCACCCACUCAUCAGGGUGGAGUAACUCCAAGCCAGUGUUUUUCCACUGAAGACAUGAAUGGACACCCAGAACCUGGCCCUGCCAAGGUGACCGUUACCAGCAGCAGCAGUGGAGGAAGCAUACCUUGCCUGCCCAGCAGUAUCGCCAGUGCUGAGCGUGUCCCGAUGAGCCGUGCCACUCUGUGGCAAGAGGAGAGCCGCUGGAGCCGGGCCACCAUCCCCUGCAGCCGCAGUGCCUCCUGUAUCAGCCAGCUGAGCCAGAGCCAACCAGACUCCAGUAUCACCACUCAAGACGAUAGCGGCACCAUGAGCACAGGACGCAAGGUACGAGUGGAGAGUGGUUACUUUUCCCUGGAGAAGACCAAGUCGGAGCCCUCUUCACAGUCUUCACAGCAUUCUCCACCCCAGCAUCUGCCCCUGUCCUCCUCAGCAUCCUCCUCCUCUUUAGGAGCUCUCAGUCCCAGGUAUAACUCUGAGUCAGAACCCCAGAUUUCCCCUUAUCAACCCUCCCAAGAUCCUCUUCCUUCUCCAGGUGCGCUUGUUUCCCCCAGCUACUCCACCAUGAGCUCCUCUCAGAGCUCACUGGACUCUGAGCCCAGUGGGACUACACCCACCUGGGAGCGAAACAGUGGUGGUGGAGGAAGCACUGGUAGUGUCAGUGGCGGAGGAGGCCGAGUGGGCCGUUCUGGCAGGGAAUAUGCAGCACUGUCUGAUGUUCCACGGGCUCGCAGACUGAGUUAUCGUGAAGCCUUCCGCUCAGAGAAAAAGCGCCAAGAGCUGAGGGCACGGACACGGAGUCCUGGCAGAGAGGAGGUGGCUCGGCUGUUUGGGCAGGAGCGCAGGCGUUCUCAAAUCAUUGGCCGAUUCCAGGAGGGUCAGCAUGUAGAGCGUAUGGAUACAAGCAGCUCCAAUGAGCCCUCUGCUAACACCACACUAAUCCAGAGACAAGGCCGCAGCGAGAGACGCUAUCUGGCUAACAAACAUGAGAUGUCACUGGAUGCAGGAAAGGACCGUGCAGUCUCUGAUGUGUCCAGCUCCAUUUUUUCUAAUUUAAGAAGAGCCAAGUCACUGGACCGCAGAGUCACUGAGUCCUCAAUGACUCCAGAUCUGCUGAACUUCAAAAAAGGAUGGAUGACAAAGCUGUAUGAAGAUGGAAUGUGGAAGAAACACUGGUUUGUCCUGACAGAUCAGAGUUUGAGGUACUACAAGGACUCAAUAGCAGAGGAGGCUUCAGAACUGGAUGGUGAGAUUGACCUUUCCACAUGCUAUGAUGUCAAAGAGUUCCCAGUGCAGAGGAAUUACGGUUUCCAAAUCCUGUGUAAAGAGGGAGCGUGCACCCUGUCAGCCAUGACCUCUGGAAUCCGUCGCAACUGGAUUCAGGCCAUUAUGAAGAAUGUGCGACCCACUAUUGCCCCAGAUGUCACCCGGAAAAACAUCUCUCUGAAACUAUCCGUUCUGAAGCCCAGAUCUCUCCCUGAGGAGAAGACAAAAGCCCAAGUGAUGUUGGAGCCGUGUCCACAGACCACCCCCGAGCCAAGUCCCAAUACUGAGGCCCUCAAGUCUGACGUCCACAGACAGCCAGCUGGCAACAAUGCCUCUGCUCCUCCCUCUGAGCCCCGUAAAAGUCGCGUUCGUGAGCGCAGACGAGAGGGUCGCUCCAAGACUUUUGACUGGUCAGAGUUCAAAAUGGAACAGACAGAAAAGCCUAUGAAGGAACGAGCAGAAACAGUCGACCUCAGCUCAUCAUUCUCCACAACUUCCUCAUAUUGCUCUCCCUCCUCUUCUCCUUCCUCAUUAGCGUCCUCACCUGUCUCUACCUCCUCACUCCAAACCUCUUCUGUGUCAGGUGCUCACCCACCUUCUAUGACAGAAGAAGCAGAAAAGGAGAAUGUUAGGAGGGGUGUCCCUCCACAUAGCACAACUAGUGCAACCCACAUGCCAAAUACUGUUAGUGUCACCAUGACUUCCACGCUAAACACUACAUCCCCGGUACAGCCAUCGAUAUCUGAAUGCCAAGAGCAAGGAAAGAUGGAAGUAGACCACCCUACAGCCAUGCAUCCUGCUAGUGGAGAUAAGAAGGACAACAGAACUUCAGAUGUCCAAGAAGAGAUUGAGCAGCGAUGGCAUCAGGUGGAGACAACACCAUUAAGAGAAGAGAAGCAAAUCCCCAUCAACACAGCUUUAGGAAACUCUGGAACCUCUGACAGAUUGCCUGCACAUGAGCUUGCUGCGCUGCUAGACAAAGAGUUGGGACAGAAGCAGAAGGAGCUGGACCGACUACAGAAGCAAAACAACGUCUUAAAAGAGCAGUUGGAAAAUGCACUAGGGAGAGAACAAAGUGCCAGAGAGGGCUAUGUACUGCAGGCCACGUGUGAACGUGGCUUUGCAGCAAUGGAAGAAACACACCAGAAGGUAAUACAAGACCUCCAGAGGCAGCAUCAAAGGGAGAUUUCUAAACUUAUGGAAGAGCGAGAGAGACUAUUGGCUGAGGAGACUGCUGCCACAAUUGCUGCUAUUGAAGCGAUGAAGAAUGCGCACAAGGAGGAAAUGGAGAAGACCCAUCGCUCCCAACUGAGUGGAGUGAACACUGACAUUGAUGAACUUCGCUUGCAAUAUGAGGAGGAGCUGCAGUCCAUCCAGAGAGAACUGGAGGUGCUGUCAGAGCAGUACUCCCAGAAAUGUCUGGAGAACGCUCACCUGGCCCAGGCACUGGAGGCCGAGAGGCAGGCACUCAGGCAGUGUCAGAGAGAGAACCAGGAGUUAAACGCUCACAACCAGGAAUUAAAUAACCGACUGACUGCAGAGAUCACUCGGAUGCGCUCCUGUUUCAGCGGUGAAACAGCACUGUCACCACUUACCCAGGGCAAAGAUGUGUAUGAACUGGAGGUGUUGCUACGAAUUAAAGAGUCAGAGAUCCAGUAUCUCAAACAGGAAAUCCACUCUUUGAAAGAUGAACUGCAGUCUGCUUUAAGAGACAAGAAAUAUGCCACAGACAAAUAUAAGGGCAUCUAUACAGAGCUCAGCAUUGUGAAAGCAAAGGCUGACUGCGACAUCAGCAAACUGAAGGAGAAACUGCUCAUUGCCACAGAAGCUUUAGGCGAGAGGACUGUCGAUGGAACGGUCACGCCUGGAUAUGAUAUUAUGAAAUCAAAAAGUAAUCCAGAUUUCAUGAAAAAGCAAUUCAAGCAAUCAAGAGGCGUAAGGUCAAAGUCUGUCACUGAACAGGUCUCAUGGGAUAGCUGACACUCCCAUUGUGGGAUGAUUCCCCCCCAACCCCCGUCCCAAGAUGUGCUAGCCUGAAAGAGGGACUAACUGUGCAGGAACGUAUGAAGCUUUUUGAGGCAAAAGAUUCCAAAAAGAUUUGAACAUCAAAAAUCUCAAGCUUCUUUUCCCUUCCCUGACCUUGGUGUGUGGUCAGAUUGCUACGGCCAUGCCAGCAUCAGCUGAAGACUCUUAUAGGAAAUGGAAAAAAUCUGUCACGGUCAAUUCUAAAACUGGACCUGCUGCUUCCAUGCCUCUAAUAAGUUGUCAUAUUUUUGUUUGUUUUUUUUAAGUUAAUGGAAAAGUUUUAUUGAAUCAAUCCUGUGUAAGGUUCCUUUAAAAAAAAAUACAUAGAUGUAUAAUCUGUCCAAGUUGGAGAUGUGUCAAAUAAGCUGUGAGAGGGAUACAUGACAGCAUUUUUAUUAAUCCUCCAGAAUGCCAAAACAGACAGCAAUACACAGUAUGAAUAAUAUAUAUUUCCCAAUAUGAAUUAAGUAUCUGCUGUAUUUUAUUAUUGUUACAGUUUCUAUAUCUAAUAAUUUUUAAUGUGUUUAAUGUUGCACCAGUUCUGUUGUACAUAACUACUGGAUAUAUAUAAGAGUAUGGUUUGCUAUUGAUUGUUGGGGCAUCUGCUGUACUAUAACUAUGGUUUGAUUGAUAGUGGAAAUCAAUGUGAUGCUUACCUUGCUUGUGUAUGAGAGUUUUAUAAAAAUGGAGUGUCUGUGUGUGAAGGGGUAAAGAGGGGUGGGAUUGCACUUAUCACUUGACUACUUGAGGAAUCUCUUUUUUUUUUUUUUUUAUUUGUCUCAAAUUGGUGUAGUGACUUCAAGUCAAUUAUUGCAGUGCAACCAAACAUCCUGACUUCUGUCAAAUUUAGUGAACAACCGUGACUUGUUAGUGAUACUGGAUUGUUGUUGUUUUUUUAAGUUUCUUAAAACCUGAAUUUGUGUUUGCUCACUUUUGACUUUGGUGUGAGAAUAUCAUCUCAGAAAAACUAUUUAGUACUUUGCAUGACUGUACAGUAUCAUUCGAAUUGCUGAAUGAUCAUGUUGCCUCGUUUUCCUACUUUAUGCUUUAGUGUGGAACUCUUAACACUAAUAAGCUUUGCUUUGCAAGUCCUACUGUUUAGGUGUUGAGAUUGAAAUGUUUUACUGUAAGCGGCAGUCUUGAAGCACUUGGCCCAAUCCCUGACCUCUCACUGAAAUCUAGUCGUGCCUCAACUGAGUAAAGAAUAUAAACAUCCAUGAAACCUGUGCAGCUAUGGAUACACACUGUAUAGUAUUCAAACCACGCCUUGUAAAUAUAUAUGCCACACGGAAGACUUCUGUGUUUUGUUUUAAACUUGUACCUUGCUCACUAGCUCUAUAUGAAAUAUAUAUGAAUAUUUUUUAUUUUCAUUUGAAUGUAUAACGUCAAAUAAAUGAAGUGUUUGGAAA